AUGGAAGGAACCGUUCGGUCCGGCUCGGAUCUCGAUAUAGUCUCGUUUGUUAGAGGCGUGCGGGCGGAGUGGGAGAGCGGUAAUGUGGCGCGCCAGUGGCGGGAGAAUCUUUCGCGCCAUGUGGACGGCCUUCAGCGCCGCCUCCCGCAAUUUCCGCUGCCGAGCAUUGCGCGCCAAGCGCGUGCGGACCCGGCUUCCGCAAAUGGCGCGGAACGCCCGCCGGGACUCAAGGAUGUGGGGGUGCGCGCGACGGGGGGCGCGCGUUCAGGCGGAGCGCAAGGGGGAGGAGCGGAGGGAAAUGACCCGCGCAAGGACGAGGACGGCGCAGAAACGCGGAGAAACAGCGCGGGUGCGCCUACUGGCGCAGUCACGCAGGCGGGGCAAGCGCGGAGUAGCAAGGCGGGGGGCCCGAGCGGGCGGAAGUGGGGGCGCGAGACGGUGAAGCAGCGCAUGGAGCGAUGGCGCCGCGAGCGGGAGAUGAUGAUGAUGCGCGCGGCGGAGGAGGAGAGGCGGAAGGAGGAGGAGGGGGAGGGAGAAGGGGAAGGGGAGGGGCCGCAGGAAGUGGCGGUGGAGGAGCUGUAUGUGGCGCGCAGCAGACACUACACACCCAACGUGCUCACCUUCGGCUAUUCAUUCAAGGAAUGGACGGAAUACUGGGCGCUGCUGUCCACGGGGGAGCUCUACCUCGGCCUGCCCCACGGGGACCCGCGCCACUUCGACUUCCACCACGACCGCCGCACCAACCCGCACCGCUUCGUACCGCUCUCGCACUCCCACGGCCCGGCGCACGAGUUUGAGUACAGCGGGUGCCAGGUGGCGCUGGCGCCAGGUCAGCAGGAGGUGCGGGUGGGCGGCGGCGACGUGGUAUUUAAGAGGGUCCAGCCGUGCGAGGCGGAGGAGGGGUGUCGGUUGGAAGGGAGGUUUGUUCACGCCGCGGCUAGAGAUUUUGUGGAUGCAGCAGAAGCUUCAGGGGUGCAUGGUGGGACCACCGUGACUUUCCGUGGAGAUGGGACGUUCAGUGUGCAGGGAGCAACGGGGAUAUUGCCGUGUAAGGCAGGGGGGGUGAGCGUGGGGGAGGGAGUGGGGACGGGGGUGGGGAGAUGGGUAGGGUUAGAGGGGAGGGAUGGGGAGGUGGAUGAUGAGGAGAGGGAGGGGAGGGGGGAGUAUGAGAUAAGGGGGAAUGGCAUUGAGCUGCGGUAUGAAGGGGGGCGCGUGGAGGACGCGUUCUUCUUUGAGUACCCGGGGUCGGGUGGUGGUGAGGUGAACAUCAAUGGUACCACGUACCACAGAGUGGUGGAGCAGGGUGGGGAGCAGUGA